GGGUGGGAGGAAGUAUGCGGUAGAGAAGGCGAGUUGGGACAGGCAGAGAGCGAUACCGUCGUUUGUUUUCGUCCAUCAGUAAACCGCUCCACUCGUAUCAAGCACACACUUUGAUCAAGGGUCUCACAACACGAGUGUGAGUGUCCACUCUCACUCUCACAGCAAGAGUGUCAUCUCUAGUAGCUCUUUCUCUCCCUAACAGACUGAAAGGCCUCAUUGUGUGGCCCUGCCCCACCGCCAACUGCAUAUAAGGUUCACCACCUAAAAAUUCGGCUGCCUCGGAUGUUUGUCUACGGUUACUAUUAUAGCUGUCUCCAGUUUGAAAGUCCACUAUUUCAUCUCCGUAGUGGCUGUACUUGACCAAUUGCUGCUGUUUUCCACUUCUGACUGACCAGUGUGACAGAGAGGGAGAGAAAGAUAAUGGCUGCCUGUAUCGCUGGGAUUCCUUUCCUUUUUCUUUUAUUACUCGCGUUCCUGGAGAGCCACGUUGUGACGUCAGCAAAAUGGCGACAGGCCAGGAAUGUGUUCCUGUCCAAUGUGGAUACCUUGAGCGAGACAAUGAAGCGACAACCAAGUCACAUGAUCACCACACGUGACCUAUUCGGUCUGACCGAAGACGAGGACGUCACGCUGAUGGACUCGGCACCGAGUGAGCAAGGAACCAUCAUCAAAAAGUACGGGGAGACUUAUAGAGGGCUUCCGGUAUUCGAUGCCAGCCUCACUGUGGAGACGGACGCCAAUACCGAUGUGUACACUGGUCAGGUGACCGGAAGACUGGCUCAGAACCUUGACGAUGACAUCAACUCUACAGUACCAGCUUUGAACGAGCCGGAAGUGAUGCUAUUAGCUGCCAACUACGGAAAAUUUUCGAUGGAAGGGGCCCGCAUAGACUACGAUAAACUCCAGUUGAUGAUCUUCGUGAAGGACAACGUAGCCAUCUUGGUUUAUCGAAUUCAAUAUUAUGCCGUAUCUAAUGGAAAAAAUUAUCGAUUUUGCAUGCUAAUCGAUGCGAAUAAUGGAAUGCUUGUUAAAAAAUGGAACACACUGGAAACCGCAAAAAACAAAUACAAAAUGAAAGGUGUCGGGGGUAACAAUUUGAUAGGUAAAUUGAGAUACGGAGAAGAACUACCAUAUUUGGAAGUGACACGUGAGGGCGAUGAUUGUUAUUUCGGCAACGAGUUCGUCACAGUGGUGAAUCUAAAGGGGGAGGAGUUCCUGCCUAAUGAAGCAGAAAGUAUUUAUAAUUUAAAAUGCAACACUACUGCGAAGGAUGAAGUGAACGGAGCUUAUUCUCCGAUAAACGAUGCUAUUUUCUAUGGCAAUGUCGUCUACAAUAUGUACAAAGAAUGGGUGAAGAUACCCCCGGUGAAAAAGCUGCCAAUGGCCCUCCGCGUACACUUUGGCCAAAACAUAGUGAAUGCUUUUUACAACGGAAGAAACUUCUCGUUCGGUGACGGCGACAAGGAGUAUCGGCCGCUAGUAAGUCUUGAUAUCAUUGCACACGAAAUAACCCACUGCUUCACGGAGGAACAUUCGGGCUUGAUAUACGAGGGGCAGUCGGGUGGCAUCGACGAAUCGUUCAGUGACCUGGCUGGAGAGGCAGCCGAGAAGUUUUUAAACAGAGGGGAGACUAACGAGUGGGAAAUUGGAGAGGACGUGUCUACGGUUCCACUUCGCAACGUGUGUAACCAAUCAACCGAUGGGAUGUCGAUCAUACAUGCUAGCGACUAUUAUGAUCUUAUGGACGUACACUACGUCAGUGGGGUAUUCAACAGGUUUUACUGUCUGUUAGCCAGAAGGAGAGGAUGGAAUACGAAAAGGGUUUUAAAGGCUGCGGCUCAUUCUAAUCGUUUCUACUGGCAUCCGACAACUACUUUCGUUGAGGCCGCUUGCGACUUCAUGAAGUCCGCUUACGAUUUUGGCUAUGAUACUAAACCGGUAGAGAGAGUUUUUAAAAAAGUUGGUAUAAAAGUGUGUGAUCUGUCUUCGUACAUCCGAACAGUGCACCAGAACUCAAAAAUCGAGGACCUAAGUGCGAUCCCUGAGGAAGAAAUCAUGUUUAAACUGAAGAUAAAGUCAGAAUUGAAGAAUGUGAAAAUUACUACGUUUGGCGGUAUGGGAGAAGCAGAUCUGUUUGUCUGCUACAAGAAACUCCGCUGCAAUGAGCAUUUGACGAAAUGGCGAUCGAACAAGCCCGGGACAAUCCAGAAAAUUUUAAUGGAGAGUCCAAAGAAAGGUAGAUAUUUCAUAAUAUUAAAAUCAAAAGUCGAGGAUUUUAUCAAAGAUGUAACUUUAAAAGUAACGUUUGAAGAAAAGUGAUGAGGAGAAAAAAGAUCCUUUGUUUCAAAAUAAUAAAAGAAAAAUAGUUAUGGAAUCUUAUGAGUUUUAAAAUAAAGAUAUGAAUUCAU